UGUAUAUCCGCUGAUGGGUCUCGAUGAUCUUAGGCGGCGCGGCCGUUGUUGUGGCUACGACCUUGGCCGCUGCGCAACUCAAGCUGCCUAUCAACCUCGUCGUGACCACGCCGCUUACGGAAAACAUGCCCGGCGGGCGCGCGACGAAGCCGGGAGACAUCGUGUACGCCAUGAACGGCAAGUCGAUCCAGAUUGACAACACGGACGCGGAGGGCCGGUUGGUGCUUUCUGACGCAAUCUACUACACCGCGACGGAAUACAAGCCGCAUACGCUGAUCGAUGUGGCGACGCUGACUGGCGCGAUGGGCUACGCGCUUAGCGAGGUCUUCACGGGCGUGUUCUCGUCUUCUGACGACCUCUGGGAGCAGCUGCGUGCCGCAGGCGAGUCGGAGUAUGACCGGUUCUGGCGCAUGCCGCUGGACGAAGACUUUGGGCCUCAGAUCUACGGGACGAAUGCCGAUCUGUGUAACACCGGAGGCUCUCAAGGUGGCUCGUGUACCGCUGCCCUAUUCUUGAAGGCCUUCGCCCCCGGCAUCGAGGCGGAGGGAGAGGAGCCUCCGAAGCUUAGGUGGGCUCAUGUCGACAUCGCUGGGGUCAUGGAGCAUACGCGCCCAACGCCAUACAUGGAAAAGGGUAUGAGUGGACGUCCUGUGAGGCCGCUGGUGGAAUUCCUGCGUCGCAUAAGCCAGCAGUAGACUGCUCACUUGACCGUGGUGGUGAUCAAAUGGCGGGAUACUAGGACGCCCCGAUCUUCAUCGGGCUUCUAAACUUACAGAGUUUGCGUCACGCGCGUGCAGCUGAUCAAUUGUCCUGUGUAAAGGCAAAUCGUAUACAACCUCUUCUCGUCCGUUC